GUUUCCGCUUUUCGUCGCGUACAAUCCAAAUCAAUUGACCUUUUGCAGACUACAAAUUUUUCCUCGCCACCGUUUCCUACCCUAUGUUAUAAUGGCUAGCAGACAGUCUGUUAGUUCAAUACUAAAGCCACCCAAAGUACGACCUCCUUUGAAAGAAAUAGAACCAGUGGAUCCAGAUUCUGAUGAAAAUACUGCCAGUUUGCCCAAAAGAAAAGUAAGUUUUUCUGGGAUGAACAAAAUCAAAAUGUAUAAUACAGGUGCUACGUCACUGACUGUAAACCAAGCCCCAAUGUUUGAUGAACACCUUUCAAUUUUGUCAGAUUCUUCUAAUACUGAUAAAUCAAAAUUAUCAGGAAAAUUAGAAAAAUCUGAUGGUCAAAUGAUUUUAGAAUCAACAAAUUGUACAAAUGUAGAAAAUAAUGCUCGCGUUAUUAUUGAGUAUGAAAGUCCAAGUGAUAAUAUGGAAAUGACUGAAGCAUUAUCUGGUAAAAUAUUAUCAGAUACUAUUUAUACAAUUGAUAAUAAUGGUUCUGAACAUUUUGAUUACAACUCAGAUUAUUCGGAGUAUAAUAUGGAAUUUACAGAAGCAAUUAAAGUUGGUCAAAUAUUACAUGCUGAUAAUGAGUCAGAUUUAAGUUCUACUUGCAUGUCUAAGACUGUGAUUGAUGAAGAACUAAGUGAUGAAUUGAUGACUCUAUCUACCUCAAAACCUACUUCAUUGCAUAAUAAAUUGGAAAAAAAUACAUCUAACAUAAGUUUAAGUAAUAUGGAUUUUACUUGUGCAAAUAAUAAAUCAAAUAUCAUGGAUCAUUCUUGUUCGAAUACUCAAUCAAGCAACAUGGAAUUAACAUGUAUAACUAGUAAAUCUCUAAAAUCUUAUUGGUCUAAUAAUGAUAGUAAAUUAUUAAGUAUGGAAUUGACAGAAUUAUCUGAUAAACAGACGUUUGAAAAUAAUUGUGAUUUGGAUUAUGAUUAUGAAUAUAAUCAAAAUUAUGAUACGGAUAUGGAGGUAUCUCAUGAAAUCGAAACAAAAGAUGCUAAAAAUUCUAGAUUAUUACAUGCUAAAAGCCCAAAAAUAAAUUAUUCUAAUAAUCAAAAUAUUUCAUCAUUAUCAAAAAAUGUUAAAAAUGAUGAGGAUGUAUUAGAAAAAUUAUCAUCAAGUGUUAUGUCUAUGGAUGUUGAUCCAUCAUUAAAUGAAAAUGAAUAUGAUAUUAUUUAUUUAAAUGUUGAUAACUCCAAAUCAAUUGUGAAUGAACAAAAUAAUUCAAUUGUUGAAGUAGAAAAUAAAUUAGAUAAAUCAAAUGUUAAUGAUUUAAACUAUCUUAAUAAUAAAUCUAAAAUAUUUAUGGUUCCUACAGAUUCAUCAUUUGUUCAAAAUACAUCUCCAGAAAAAGAAUUACUGGAACAUGUUCCAGUUGAAAUACUUAAAGAAACAUUUCAUGCUCAUACAUCUGUAUUAGAUCAAAAUAAAUAUAUUGAAAAUAAGGUAUUAAUGUUUGAAGAAAUUAAAGAAAAAAAAUAUUCAAGAAGAACAAUGAAAAUUAUGCCUGCAAUGACACAAGAAAGUAUGUUGAAAAGUUAUUCAAGAAAAUCAAUUGUACCCACAUCUAAUUUAAAUCAAACUCAUACUUGUGAAAGUGAAGAUUUAUCAAAUAUAUCUACAACAGUAAAAGAAAAUGAUCAAGACAAUUAUUCCACAAGAUUAAUUGAAUCCAUAUCAGUUUCUGACCUAAGUCAUUCUUCUAAAAAUGUAGCAGAUGGAUCUGCAAUAGAUAAAAAUAAUGAACAAAUAGUUUCUAGAAAAUCAAUUAUACCUACAUCUAAUUUAAACCUAACUCAAUCUUGUGAAAAUGAAGAUUUAUUAAAUAUAUCUACCAUGGUAAAAGAAAACAAUCAAGACAAUUAUUCUACAAAAUUAAUUGAAUCCAUAUCAGAUUUUGAUCUUACACAUUCUUCUGAAGAUGAAAAUGUGGCAGAUGCAUCUGCAGUAAUUGAAGAAACUAAAAAGAAGGAUUAUUCAAGAAAAACAGUAGGUCCAAUGUCUUUAUUGGCUCAAAAUAAAUUUUCAGAUGACAGUAUGUGCAAUAAUUCAUUGAAGAGUAAUGAAUGUUAUGAAUUUAAUCAUGAAAAGUCUGCUGCUUCUGUUGCUCAAGUAAAUAUUAAUAAUAUAUCUAGUAUAUCCAACAACAGUAAUAUUCAACAAUUUGAUGAAUCAAAUUAUGAAGGAAUACCAAUAUCAAAAAUUGAACAGAAAUCUAUAUUGCUUAAUGUGAAUGAAGAUGAAUUUAAAUCACCAUUUAGAAAAAAAUCAAAAAAGUCUGUAGUUUUAACACAUUUAACAGAACUACCUAUUGAACAGUUGUCUGUUAAAAAUGACAAUGAAAGUAAAUUGAAAAUUGAUAAUAAUUCAGAAAUUAUUGAUAGUAUUAAUAAAAUGGAUAUAUCAAUUGAACUCGAAUCAAAAGAUUGUAUUAAGACAAACGUGUUUUCUGAAAAAAUAAACUUAACUUUACCCUCAUGUUCUCCAUUAAAUAAUAUAUCACACAUUGAAAAAGUAUCUAACUCUGUUAAUAAAAAUCAAAGUUUCGUAAAUCCACCUGAAGAAAACAUAAUUGAAUUGGAGCAAAAUGUUAAUAGACUACCUUCAGACACUAUUUUUUUAAAUAAUGGAUUAAAUGAAGAAAAAAUCAAUAACAAAUCUCUAAAAAUCACUGAUAAUAAAAUCAACAAUGUUAAACAUAGCAUAGAUGUAAUUACAAGUAACACUUGUAUUGAAAGUAUAGCUAAUAUGUCAAUUUCUGAUGAUAUGCAUUAUAAUAAUGAACAAUCAUUUAUAGGAAAUCGUAAAAGAAGUUAUUCAAAUAGAGAUGAUAAUAUUCCCCUAUCAUGUUCAACAUUUAUUUCUAAAUCCAUUACUCAUAAUUCGAUAAAGGAAGAUUUUUCUAAGGAAAACGAAGUAGAAAAAAAUAGUCCGAUUAAAAAAGAUGUUAUUAAAAAGAAUAUAAUUAGCGAAGAAUCUUUAUUAGAUAAUUAUAUUGAAGUAGAUGAGAUAGAAGAAGAUUUUGAUAAAGAAAUUUUGAGCAAUGAAGUCAUGGAAUUCUUAGUAAGGUGGAAUAAUCAAUUUGUUGAAAACAAAUUAACUUUACAUAAGUGCACAAAUAGAGAAUGGAUUUUCAAUGUUUUAGAUAAUAAUAUUGUUUUAAUGAUAACUUAUUUACCUAUUCUGAAUGAUAACUCAUUUCUUAAAGUAGAGGAUAUUUCAUUUACUAUUAAGACCACAGAUAAGACCAUUAUUCCAAAUGAAGUAUCAAAGUUUGGAAUAAAUUGGAUUUUAUCAAAAUACAAUCCAAAGUUCUACAAGCAAAUAUGUUUUACUUCAAGAGAUGUAGAACUGUUAUUAAAAUCUCUGUUAGAUGAUGUUUACUUUAUUAGUAAGGCUAUGAAGAAUAUGUUGUAUGUUGGUGAUAUGCAUUGUGUCACAUUUAAAGAUAGUAAGGCUCAGUUUAUAUUGCACAAUAUGAAUUGCUUAUUGAUGGUUCGUAUUGAGAUAUUAUUGUCAAAUAUUCAUAAGCUUUCUGUAAAAGAUAUUUUUGUUGAUUGUUUCUUUGGUUUUUUCGAUAUGAAAAUAUUGGAUGAAAUAAUGAAAAAUAUUACAAGGGAUUGUAAUAUUUUGCAAUCUUUAAUUGAACAACUAAAAAAAUACUAUUCAGAUGAAGGAAAUCAUAUAGGAGUUAAAGCAAUCACCGAAAUGUGAUAAAAAAUAUAAUGCUAGGAAAUAACUAAAUAUGUUAAAAAUAUAUAUGUGUAAGUUUUCACAAUU